UUUUAUUUGUUUAUUAGUUUGCAAUAUUUCAUACCAGUCUAUAUUUGUGGGGAAGUACAAAUAUACAUACUAAUCUUUAAAAAAUUUUCACUGUGUCACUAUGUUUAUGUAUAUGUCAGUUAAUAACUGUAUUUUGUUAUGUUUUUUCAUUUCCGUUGUUUUGUUUUUUUUCCAUAUCUGAAAUAGUCGGUGUUUUUUUUUAAUUUUCAGAUUUCCAAUACACUAAAGGAAUUGAAAAUAUUAUUUAUAAGUCAAUCCAUUGAAAUAUUUCAGAAAAAAAAAAUGCAAUGUUUCAAGUACUCUAUGAAGACUCUAGGGUUUGGUUAUUGGUACUCCUUUCU